AAAAAUAAUAAUAAAGUUUAUUUACGGAAGAUUGAAAAACUAAUUUUCGAUUAUUUUGUACCAACUGUAUAAUUAUGAGGCACAAUGAAAACAAACCAUGGCUGAAAAUGUUUUGAAUACUUUAUAUGUUGAAAAACAAAACCAAAUUGAUUUCAAGAAAGAUGAAUUGAUAUCGGAAACUUCUGUUAAAAAAAUGAAAAGUACUCUGAGUUCUUCGUUUACAUCAAACAAUGGUGUUUCAUUUCAAAUGCAAAUGGCUGAUACAGAACUAGAAAGAAUUCAAAUAAAAGUCAGAGAGGAAAUAUCAUCAAGUUCUUCUAAUGAUAAUGCCGACUUGAAUGAAUUGGAUACUUUUGAAUCUAAAUUAAUUCAAGCAGUACUAGAUUUUUCUGUUGGAGGAACUUUUGGGGAAUCAAACUAUGUAAUCAAUGAUCCAUUUAAUAUUUUGAUGAUUAUUCGUAGCUUGUAUUUAGUAUCAAACAAGACAAAGCUAUACACACUUUCUACCUUUCAAUCAUUGCUGAAAAAAAGCAUAAAAAAUCUUCAGGCAUGUGCGAAAGUUAGAUUAAUACCUGUUUUACUUGAAUCUUUACCAUCAUUUGAUAAUGAAGAAGUAGCAGACCAUGUUAUCGAUCUUAUUGGAGAUAUAGCUACCUAUAGUAUCACUGUUCAAGAACUGAAAUGUUUUUUCUCAGCUUUGCAAAGAACAGAAGAUUUUAAAUGGCCUCCACACUCAUUGAAGCUCUUGGAAAUUCUUUGCAAAAUGUCUGAGAAACAUGGCCCAGAUAUAUAUUUCAAUUUUUCUGGAAAACCUGGAGCAUUUAUAACUAUUCCUCCAAUAUCAAGGUGGCCUCAUCAGCCUGGAUUCACAUUCAUUACAUGGCUUCAACUUGAUGCUGCUCAUCUUUCUCCUAGUGAGCAAAAAAGUAGACCACAUAUAUACUGCUUCAUUAACAAUCGUGGGUUUGGUUAUACUGCACACUUUUCUGGACCAAUGCUUGUGAUAGAAGUAUUGUGUAAAAAUGGAAAGAAAAAUACACUACUUGUCAAAAUGAAGUUUGAGCCACAAAUGUGGUAUCAUAUUUGUGUUUCACAUGUUUACAAUCGUUUUAAAUCCAGUCUUGUUCAAGUAUUUGUUAAUGGUCAAAUGGUUACCGCUGCCGAUGUUUCUAUUCCAUCCAGUAAAGAUCCUGUUGAUAAAGCUUUUAUUGGUGGCUCUCAUAUUGAAACCUCAAGUCAUGUAUUCAAAGGUCAAAUGAGUGCAAUUUAUGUUAUUGCAGAACCAAUUACUUAUAAUCUAGUUAUAGCACUCUAUCGUUUAGGACCUGGGUACAAGGGAAAGUUUAAAUUUCCAAAUGAGCUAGAGAACAAUAUUUCUGAAACUGAUAGAAAGUUGAUUUAUGAAAGUAAGCUUUCUCAAAACAUCUUGUUUUCAUACAAUCCUAAAGCUGUUGAUGGUGAACUUUGCUUAGAAGCUUCACCUUCUGAGAAUGCUUCAUGCUUUUACCAGUCACCACAUGCUCUAAUGAAUGAAGGUGUUUAUGGUGUAGUUACAAACUCCUUGCAAGCUGCUAUGCAUUCUCUUGGUGGAAUUCAGAUGUUGUUUCCAUUAUUUACACAGCUGGAUUGUCCUCUUCAUGGUCAAUCAGAUCCAGAACCAAAAAUUUGUUCAUUGCUCUUUGGGUUGAUAUACGACCUUUUAAGAGGUUGUUCAGUCUUUCAACAGCAGUUAUUGCAAAGUCAAGGUUUUAUGAUUAUUGGUCAUUUGUUACAGAAAUCAUCUCCUGUCCAUUUAACUGAAGCCACAGUGGACAUCUUACUGGGAUUAGCUAGGUUCUUUAUGGCAACUCCGAGUGCUAAUAGUUUAUUAGGUGGUUUGCUUGAUCAUGUCUUACUGGAACCUGCUCUUUGGAUUAAAACUCCUUUAAGUUUGCAGUCAAAUCUACUGAGUUUAUUUGCCACAGGUUAUGUUGGUGGACUUGAUUAUGCUGGUUAUAUAAGAAAAGAAGUUGGUGUACCAAGACUAGUUAUAAUGCUACGAAAGUAUUACUCUAUCAGAGCUAGAGAUUCUGCCAUUGAAAAUAAAGCCACAGUUGAAGAAGUUAUAUCUCUGAGAGCAUUUGUUUUGCUUCUGGUUAAGCAGAUGAUAAUAAAAAAUCAAGGUAUUUCAGAAGAUGAACUUAAGAGCAUUUUAGUAUAUUUAGCAGUGGAGAAUGAGGAAGAAAAUUUUGUGGAUAUUGUACAAUUGCUUUUAUCUGUGAUAUGCGAAACUCCAACAGCUAUUGUACCUAAGUUUGAUGAAAUAGAUGGCUUCCAAGUGUUUUUCAAACUUCUCGUUGCACAAAACAGUCAAGUUCGUAUUUGCAGCAUAAAGAUUUUGGGAGCAUAUAUGCAACAUCUCAAGAUUCAGCGCAAACUAGAGUUGGUAGAAAAACACUCUUUCAUUAGCAUGAUUGGGCAAAAGUUGUCAAUAUUUGAAAUGUCUAUGGCAAUGUAUAAUGCAUUGUUUGAAUUUUUGAUUGCUCAAACAACCAAGAUUAUUUCAGAAAAAAGGCAUCCACCUCCAGAUUCUUCUUCUUUGAUGUAUCAUCCUUCAAUUUUGCCAGUCAUUUCAAGUUUGCUGUUAAAAGACCGCUUUGAAGCAAUAGCUACAGAAAAUAAGAUUUUAGCAAAGAGUACUAACGAACUAACACUAGUUUUUCUCUCUGAUCUUCUUAUUCUACUGAAUACAAACAAUGAUAACAAAAGACUAUUAUUGCAAUUGAUGUGUUGGCAAGAAUGGCUUUUCUCGUUAGCCUACUUAAGUCCUAGCAAUAAAGAUGAAAGUAAAGUAACAGAUAAUGUAUUUUCUAUUAUAAAAAUGCUAUUACAUUACGCCAUACAAAAUGAAAAAGAAGGCUGGAGAGUAUGGGUUGACACUCUUUCUAUAUUACACAGUAAGGUUUCAGAAGCUCCAAAAGAAACCAAAAUGCCAGAGCAGUCCUUAUCUGCAGUUGAUAAAGAAAAAGAGACUUCAGUUGACAAUAAGAUUGAUGAAUCUAACUUUAUAGAAUCAUCCUCAGAUUUGAUUGUAACAACUCCUUCAACAGAAGCUAAUGCACAACAGAUAUUUUAUAAAGAACUUUUUAAAGAAAAUGAUGUUUUAAAUAGGUCAUUUGUUAUACGUCGAGUUCAAAGUGCUAACAACCUUUUAAAGCCUGAUUUAAUUGAGUGUAGAAAAAAUAGGACAAGGUCAAUGAGUUUGACAGAUAUAAGUAGUGUUAUAGAGAAUACCGACCCACAUAAAUUAAUAAAGAAGUCUGUUGAUGAUACACAGAAAUUGGGUAAUAAAUCAAUAUCUGUCGUUAAUAUUUCAAUGAUGGAAAAACAUUAUGCAAUCAAUAGUAAAAUUGAAAAGCACAAUGAUGAAGCUAUAGAAACAAAUUUAAAUUUAUCUUCUAAAGAAGAAACUUUGACACCAGAAGCAGACUUAACUAGUGAAGUUCCUACAUCACCAUCUAAAACAAAAUGUCGUCCUUUUAUAGAUAUUCCAGAAUUUAAUUGGUCCCAACCACAUCAAAAACUUCUUUCUGAACUUUUAUUCUCAAUUGAAAAAGAUAUUCAAGUUUGGAAAACGCAUACUAGAAAAAUAGUAUCAGAUUUUGUAUCAUCUCGCGAAAAUUCCAUUUACAUUAUGAACUUGUGUCAUAUGGUUUCAAUACUCUCAGACAGUUUAAUUUAUUGCUGUGGUGGCUUGUUACCUCUUUUAUCAUCAGCCACAUCACCAAACUUUGUAAAUGAUGUUUUAGAAGCUUGCGGUGGCAUGUCACUUGACACAGGAUUUUCAUUUCUAAAUAGAAUUUUAAACAUUGUUGAUAUUGUCAUGUUUGCUUCUCCUACUAAUUUUGCUUCUGUUGAGACACACCGUAAUAUAGUUCCUGGUGGUGUUUUACGACAAUGCAUUCGAUUGGUAUUUUGUGGUAGCUCACGUAAUCGAGUAGUAUGCAGGCAAUGUGAGUGUCCUGCUAAUGCAAGUGCACUUGGUUAUCCCAGAACACUUAAAGAAACCGAGGCUGCUAUUAAAACAUUAAUUGCUUCAACUAAGCCAGCAACAGAUAUGGAUUUAGUUGAAAAUAUCCCUGGCCAUAUGACAACAAUUACAAAUCCUGAGAAACUUAUACAAGAUUCUGAUAUUAACAGACUGCGAGCUCUUGUAUACCGUGAAGCAGAAGAUAACAGACAGUCAUGCUUUGUUUCACUAGUAGUCAUUUACUUUGUUGCUGUUCUUAUGGUGACUAGAUACAGAGACAUUCUGCAGUAUGAACAUCAAGUUGAUGAAUCUCCCAAAGCUGAUAAAAAUCCAAAUGAGAAAUCUGCUGAUCGCAGAGUUUCUGGAGAUAGUUCAAUUUCAUAUAGUGCUUUAACAUUAGAAGAAAAGAUGGAGGCUACUUUUGGUACAUCAGCACAGCUGUUGCGAGAUAUUUUGUUUGAUUUUUCUCAUUAUUUAUCUAAAAUACUUGUCGGUAGUUAUGGUCAGGAUUUAAUAACAGAAGGAUUGGGUUCAUUAAAAUCUGAAGAAAGUACUGUUGAGUUAGUGAUGAUGUUGUGUUCACAAGAGUGGCAAAAUGCAUUGCAAAGGCAAGCUGGUCCUGCAUUUAUUGAACUUGUUGAUGAAGGUAGAAAACUUUCACACUCUACACGUGAACGAAUUGUUAUUACUGGUAGUGAAGCUAGAGACAUUUUAAGUGAGCGGGAUAGUCUUGAAAAUUUGACGCAUGCUCAAUUUGAAACUCAAUGCACAAAGACAAUUAUUUUGUAUAUAGAACAAUAUCGAGCAUAUGAUCUUUUUUAUAAAGCCAAAAAAAAACGUAAUGCUUCUUCUGCGACUCAAUGUCUUGAAAAGAUUUUUGAUGUGCUAACUAGUGAGUAUGGUGCAUGGCCAAUAUCCAUUGAUUCCACUAAACAAUAUUACAAACUUGAUCGUUGGGAAGAUUGUCAAAGGAGACGAUUAAGAUUAGUAAAAAAUCCACUCGGAACUGCACAUUCAGAAGCAGUUUUGCGUCCUGGAUCUGCUGAAGAAACUUCAUUAGAAAAGCCGCUAGCAUUAAAAUAUCACUUAUUUACAAAACAAUCGCCUAAUGGAAAAGUUGUUGAAGAUAAUGAAGAUGAUGACAUUGAUCUUGAAUCUGCUUCUGAAGAAAAACAAGCAUAUCAUCAACAUGGAAGUAUAAUGUACAGUGUCGCAUGUAGAAUCAUAUCUCCUGGUGUAACUUUGCCAGGUAUUCUCACAAUAACAACUGACUCUCUUUACUUCACAGCAGAUGAAGAGUGUGUUGAAUUAAAGAAUAUAGAUCCCAAGAUUUUAAUAUACAAUGACUGCUUAAAUGUUAAAUGCUCAUUUAUCAAUAUUGUUGCAAUUUUUACAAGAAGGUAUAUUUUGCAGAAUAAGGCUUUAGAAAUCUUCUUGGCUAAUAGAAGAAGCUUUAUGUUUGCUUUUGAGUCCCACAAUAUUGUUAAACAAGUCAUUCAACAAUUACCGAGUGUUGGUGUUGGCAAUUCUUAUGGUUUGGCUAAAUCUAAGAGUGUUUCAUUUUCAUCACCAAAACAAUUGUUUUCAAAAUCAAAUGUUUGUCAGCGUUGGCAGAACAGAGAAAUAUCCAAUUUUGAAUAUCUUAUCUUUUUAAACACCAUUGCUGGACGAACUUACAAUGACUUAAAUCAAUAUUUUGUGUUUCCUUGGAUUUUGAAGAAUUAUGAAAGCUCUACAUUGGAUUUGGAAGACUCAAAUAACUACAGAGACCUUUCAAAGCCUAUUGGUGCAUUAAACCCCUUUCGCCUGGGCCAAUUUGUAGAGCGGUUUAACACAUGGGAUGAAUCAUCAGGUGUACCCCCAUUCCAUUAUGGAACUCAUUACUCCACUGGAGGUUUUGUUAUGAACUGGCUUCUCAGAUUGGAACCAUUUGCUUCCUUAUUUUUGAGUUUACAAGGUGGAAAAUUUGAUCAUCCAUUGAGAACCUUUUCAUCUAUAAUGAGAGCAUGGGAAAAUUGUCAAAAAGAUACAUCAGAUGUCAAGGAGCUUAUACCUGAAUUGUUUUAUCUACCACAAAUUUUUUCUAACAGCAAUAAUUUUGUAUUUGGUGAGGGAGAUGGCGGAAAAGAUAUCAGCAAUGUACAGUUGCCACCAUGGGCUCAAUCACCAGAGCAUUUUAUCCAUAUUCAUAAUGAAGCAUUGGAAUCUGACUAUGUGUCAGAAAAUUUGCAUAAGUGGAUUGAUCUUAUUUUUGGAUACAAACAAAAAGGCAAAGAAGCCGAACACAGUGCUAAUGUUUUUUACUACCUUACCUACGAAGGAAGUGUUGAUAUAGAUGGUAUUGUUGACCCUGUAACAAAACAGGCUAUUGAGCAACAGAUAAAAUGUUUCGGUCAAACUCCUUCACAACUUCUUACUACACCUCACCCUCCUCGUAAUACUAAGAAUACUUCACAGGAAUCACAUAAAAGUAUUUUUUUGUCGUUUCUUGUUUCCCCUGAGGUUCCUGUUGUACAUGUUACAUCAUAUACUAACACACCAAUGGCUGCAAUUAUUACAAUUAGUUGUAAUCAAAUGUUUUCAGUUAAUAAAUGGAUCAAUUUUGGUGGUUCAAUAACAUCAUUUAAAUCGUUAAAGAAUGUACAAAUAGAACAAGAUCCUUUGUUGGAAACAGUUCAUGGGCGUUAUCAAAGACAACUUGGAGAACCUUUAGAUGAAAGUGUUACUGUGACAUCAUCUUGUUUUGUGGUGUCAUCAGACAAUCGUUUUAUAUUUUCAUGUGGAUAUUGGGAUAAAAGUUUCAAAUGCUUCUCAGCUGAAUCAGGCAAACUUGUUCAAUGUGUGUUUGGGCAUUGGGAUGUUGUCACAUGCCUAGCCUAUUCUGAUGAUGAAUUGACUUCAGCAAAUGCAAUUAUAGUAUCAGGUUCAGCUGAUGCAACUGUUUUAGUGUGGAUAUGGGAUCAUAAACGUCAUAGAAUUAUUGGUCCUGAUGAUGGCACAGGUCAUGGUUCUACUCCAAUUACUAUUUGUACUGGUCAUCAAUUGCCUAUUACUUGUGUUGAUGUAAACACGUCGCUUGGUAUCAUUGCAAGUGGAAGCAUUGAAGGUCCGUGUCUUCUUCACAGCCUUAGUGGUGAACUACUGCGCAGUUUAAAAGGACCAGCUGAAUGCCAGAAUCCUCGUUUGAUUAAUAUUUCUAACGAAGGAAGAAUUCUUGUCAACUAUACUAAUGAACACAGUUGGAUGGCAAUGUUUUCUAUAAAUGCAGAACUUUUUCAUCAUGUUAAAUUAAAAGAACAAAAUCUGGCUGUUGUAUUUACUAAAGAUGGUCGGUUUUUUGUUACGGGUGGUUACGAUAAGUGUUUCCAAGUAUGGCGAAGUUUUGAAAUGAUAUUAUUAAGUGUUUUUCCGCCUUGUGAUGGUAGCAUUCGUUCACUUGCACUUACUCCUGACCAAAAGUGCUUGGUUGCGGGUUUAAGUACGGGUUCCAUUAUUGCGAUGGCUAUGGACUUCUCCAUAUGGCCUCGUGUGAACAAAUCAUCUUCGACUUCUAAUGUAAAUAGUAAGUUAACAAAUUUGCAGAAUAAUACAACAGGUCGUACUCCCGAAGUAGCCUUUUCCUCAUUAGAAAAUUCUGGCAUAGAAGAUAAACGUAUUACUGAUGGAAAUUUUCAAGAAGGUUCAAAUCUACAAACUGAGACCAUUUCUAAUAAGAAUGAAAUAGAAAAUACUUCUACUGAACGUUUAUCAUAUCCAGAAAUGACAAGCGAGUUACCAAAUAAUUUUAAUGUAGCAGAUAAAGUAAAAAACCCAGAACCUUUAACAAAUAAUGAACCUCCUGAAGACUUGUCAAAUAAUAAAUAUCUAGAGGAUUUCUCUAUUGAUAAAUCUUCCGAAGGACUGUUAAAUGAUGAAUUUCCUGUAGGCAUAUCAAAUAACGAAUCCGAAAAAAGUAUAUCUCCCAAUGAAUCUCUAGAAAAUUUUUCCACAAAUCAACUACGGAAUUUAUCUCAUAAUGAACCUCUAAAAGAUUUAUCAAAUAAUGAAUCUCUAAAAAGUUUAUUAAAGAGCGAAUCUCAUGAAGAUUUUACAAGUAACAAUAUAAUGUUAAAUAAUCAUUCCUCAAUUAGUUCGAUAGAUAGUAUAUCAUCUACGGUAAUUCAGUAUUCUAACGGAAAAUCUUCGAGUAAAACCGAAGAGCAAUUUGAAAAUGUAUCUGUUGAUCAGUUUAAAGAAGAAUUAUCUGGUGACCAAUUGAUGGGUCAAUAUAAAGAUUUUCCUGAGACUAUAAAAACAACAGCAAAUCUAAACGUUUCAUCUGGUUACACAACAAGUUUACCUGAUGUUGAAAAAAUUAAUGACCAAAGCAAUAUUGUUUCUAGUGAAGAAAUUCCUAUAGGAAAAUUACGUGAGCAUGAAAAUUCUGAAUAUCCAGAGGGUAAGUCAGUUAAAACAUUGCUCGAAACAUCAAAAAUAGUAGAGUAACUGUUGCCAUAGCAAUAUUUAUUUUUAAAUUAGCUGAUUUAAUUUUUUUUUAAUGGAAUUCAAAAAAAAUAUAUUCAAUAAUUGCUUUUGCUAUAAAUGCAAAAUGUAUUUUAACCAACGGGAAAAAUAGAUGUACAUAUAAAUAAUAUUAGUAGCUUGUAAGCUCCCAAUUAUUCUUUCUAUAAGUGUGUAUGUUUUUUUAAGGGGUCGUCUUUUUUUGUAAAGGGUUUUUGUUAAUUUCAUAUUUAUUUGUACUUGAUCUAUAUUUUGUGAUGGUAUCAUGUUUACGAUA